GCCCGCGCCUAAGCCCGGAGCUGAAGCCGCCCCGCCCGCUGCUGCUCGCACCCACUUGGCGCGCGGCCUGCACAAGGCUGGUCCCUGCCCUGCCGGCCGCCCUGGCCUGGCGCGCCUGGUGGUGGGGCCUGUGCUAAACCGGCGGCGCCGCCUGCUCCGCCACCUGAGCCGGCUGCGGGACGCGCCCGUUCCGCUUCGCCACGGCCCGCCGGUGCCGGCUCUGCCCUCGUGCAGCGCACGCUCCGCCGCGCGGCCCUCGCCAUGCCCCGGGGGGUGGCACAUCCUCGGCAAGGGCGAGGCUGACGGCCCCGGGGGCAGAGCCUGUGCUCCACCCCGAUGCCCCGCGCCACCGGGCCCCGAGGCGGGCGGCUCCUUCACGGCGCCGUGGCGACGGGCGUGUACGUGGUGCGCCCUGCUCCCCAGCCUGCUGGCCAGGGCCGGCUGCGCCUCUCCCGCACCUUGUCCUCCCUCCCCCGGCCGGGGCCCGCAAGGCCCCCUGCUCCCGGCCCUGCCCCAGCCGCCCAUCGGCCUGAGCAGGACGCAGGCUCCGGCCGGGAGGUGCCCGGGGCCGGGGCUUGCUCCCGCGGUAGGCGCCGGCUCUCGGGGCGCGGGCCCGCCCCGCCAGCCCCCGGAGCGCGGCGCGCGCACGGACCGCCGGCCCCGCAGGUCCUGGCGCGGGCGGCCGCCAGGGGUCGCCGCGGGCCGGUGCAGCCGCGGACCUGCCCCGCGAGCCGGUGCCCGGGCUGCUCCGCACCCCCCUCCCCCCGGCCGAGCCCUCCCCUUCCGGGCCGGGCCGUACAAAGGCGCUGGCCAUGGGGUGGCCCCGCCUGGGGCCAUGGGCGAGCGGGACGGAGCCGCGGAGCGGGACCCUGCCGGGGACCAGGCGAUGGGCGGCUGCGGGUGCUGCUGGGAGAUGUGAGCCGGGCGGCGGACGUGGCGGGCGCGGUGGCGGGCGCGGACGUGGUGCUGCACACCGCCAGCCUGGUGGACGUCUGGGGCCGCGUCCCCCCCCAGCGCCUCCACGAGGUCAACGUGCAAGGGACCCGCAACGUGAUUGAUGCCUGCGUGGACCACGGGGUGCCUGUCCUGGUCUACACCAGCAGCAUGGAGGUGGUGGGGCCCAACACCCGCGGGGACCCCUUCUACCGGGGGAAUGAGGACACCCCAUACGAGGUGCACCAUGACCACCCCUACCCGCUCAGCAAGGCGGAGGCCGAGCGCCUGGUCCUGGAAGCCAACGGCAUGCGGGUGCGGGGCGGGCGGCUCCUGGCCACCUGCGCGCUGCGCCCGACGGGCAUCUACGGCGAGGGGCACCCGCUGAUGCGCGAGUUCCACGCCCGGGGCCUGCGCAGCGGCCGCCGCCUCUGGCGCCUCGUCUCCCCUGAGGUCGAGCACGGCCGCGUCUACGUGGGCAACGCGGCAUGGAUGCACAUCGUGGCGGCCCGGGCGCUGUGGCAUGUAGCAGUGGUGGAGCCGGAGGGGGCGGAGCUCAUGGGGGCAGAGGUCAAGGGGGCAGGGCCUGCGGGGGAAGCCUACUACUGCUACGACGACUCGCCUUAUGGCAGCUACGAGGACUUCAACGCAGGGCUGCUGGGCCCGGCCUGCGGGUUUCGCCUGGUGGGCACCGGGCCCCUGCUGCCCGCCUGGGUGCUGCGGGUGCUGGCCUGGGCCAACGCGGCGCUGGGCUGGGCACUGCGCGGCGCCUACCGCCCCAUCCUCACGCCCUACACGCUGGCCGUGGCCUCCACCCCCUUCUCCGUGGCCACUGACAAGGCCACCCAGCGCCUGGGCUAUGCCCCCAUCUACCCCUGGGCCCAGGCCUGCGCCCGCACCCAGGCCUGGCUGCGCUGCCUCGACCGCAGUGCUGCCACCACCCGGUAGUGGACCCCGGCGGGGAGGCCGGGGAGGGGGGCAAGGAGGAGCCGGGGGACCCAGAUGUCCAGGUUGACACAUGGGCAGCGCCCCACACAAGGGGUGUGUUGUGGGGUCUGCAUUCACACUAAUGACGUGCAAAUGAAUGCAAAUAAAAAGCUGCAUCCGCA